CGCUGAUAGAAUCAGAUGUUUUUUGAACAAUAAAAUUCAUUUUUAUUCAAACAAGACCGAAACUGCUGAUAUGCAUAAAUUCAUUUUAGUAUUUUCCGCAUUAUUAACAUUAAGUUCCUCGUAUAUUGUCGAUUUUGGACCUGUUGUGAAAGCUACAAAAGGAAGCAUUUGGCCACAUCCAAAAACCAUAGUUUCGACAAAUUAUUUUAGAACGUUAAGACCGUCGACAUUUGAUUUUGAGACAAUUGGAUAUAAAUGUGAUAUACUGCAAUCAGCCAUUGAUCGAUAUAAGCAAAUAAUAGUGGUACAUUUGAGAAGACUGAGAUAUAAAGCUGAUUCAAGUUACAGUAAUAAAUGGCGAAAUUCAUCAGAAUUCAAUGGCAGCAUGGAGGCUCUAAAAGUAGAUUUAAAGAAAUCCUGCGAAAAAUAUCCACAUUUAGAUAUGGAUGAGUCAUACGAUUUAAAAAUUUCCGAAAAUCAAGCAACAUUAUCAGCUGAGUCUAUUUGGGGAGUUCUUCGAGGACUAGAAUCAUUUUCUCAAUUACUGUACUUAUCACCCGACGGACGAACUCUUCUUGUCAACGAGACAACAAUUUUCGAUGAGCCACGUUUUAAGCAUCGUGGACUUUUAGUGGAUACAAGUCGUCACUUUAUAUCGAUGAGUACACUUGAAAGAAUAUUGGAUGGAAUGGCAUACAAUAAAUUGAAUGUAUUUCAUUGGCAUAUUGUCGACGAUCAUAGCUUUCCGUAUCAGAGUGUUAAAUAUCCGGAAAUGACGAGAGGAGCUUACCAUCCGUCAAUGAUUUAUUCACAAAAGGACGUUGCUGAUAUUAUUGAAUAUGCAAGAUUGCGAGGGAUUCGUGUAAUGGCAGAAUUUGACACGCCAGGACAUACAGCAAGUUGGGGUGCUUCACAUCCAGAAUUAUUAACAAAAUGCUAUGGAGUCUAUACUGGGAAGCUUGGUCCAAUAAAUCCAAUUUUAGAUGAAAAUUACGACUUUAUAUAUAGUCUUUACGAUGAAAUCGUUGAUGUCUUUCCGGAUAAAUAUGUUCAUUUAGGCGGCGAUGAAGUUGGAUUUGAAUGCUGGCAGACAAAUCAAGACAUAUUAAACUAUAUGAAACAAUAUAAUAUGACAUCGUUUGUUCAACUAGAAGAAUUUUAUAUUCAGAAACUUAUUGAUAAAGUUGCAUCUCUUAACGCAAUUCCUAUUGUUUGGCAGGAAGUUUUUACUAACGGUGUUCGACUGCCCAAAGGCACCAUCGUUCAUGUUUGGACAGGAGAUAGAAGAAAACUGCUAUUAAAGAUAACAGAACAAAAAUUGCCUGCUUUGCUAUCAUCAUGCUGGUAUUUAGACCAUUUAUCAACUGGAGGUGACUGGGUUAAAUUUUACAACUGUGAACCACAUGAUUUUACAGUAAAAGAAGACUUAAGGAAGCUAGUUCUAGGUGGUGAAGCUUGUAUGUGGUCAGAAGUUGUUGACGACUCAAACGUAAUACAACGAAUAUUCCCAAGAGCAAGUGCAACAGCUGAAAAACUUUGGUCACCAAUGAACGUUGUGGACAUCGAAGAUGCUAAAUCUAGAAUGGAAGAGCAUUAUUGCCGUAUGAGAUUGAGAAAUAUUAAUGCACAACCGCCGAGUGGUCCAGGACUUUGUUUAGCUUAAGUAAGUGAUUUUUUUUUAUUAAGCAUUUUCAGCAGUUUUUUGAGUACAUAGAUUAGUGAGAAAUGUGAGAUUUAAACAAUUUUAUAGAAAAUGAAAACGAUGCACAAAAGAAGAAAUAAAGAUCGAUCAAUAAUUCGAUUCAAAGAUUUCAUCACGUCCCUUUCACAUUUCUUAUUUGCUUCCUCGGUUGUCGAGAAAUUUUCGUCGCUUUUUGCAUUUUCCCUCAAAUCUGUCGGAGAUAGAAUUACAUAUUUGAUGAUUGAAUUACUGUCGGAAAUGUUUACAAUCUUCUGCGUCCACAAAGGAGGCACUGUGCAGCGAAUUGAAACAGCUUUUACAAUUAUUGACUCAAUUAGAAUUAUGGUUGAAAGAAUCAACAUAAAUGUCAUGGAUUUAAGUAUUUUUGGUACACUUUUUGAUGCUCCAUUUGACGGAAAUUGCCACCAGACUCUAUCCAUCAAGCUGAAAUGUAAAUAAAUAUUGAAUCCGCACAAAA